AUGCCUCUGCCCGCUCGACCCUCGAUAUGCUUCCUUUGUCAAACUAGAGCGACCAUAUUUCAGUCUCCCAAAAUUCUUUCAACAUGGCAGGCUACACGAAACAUGGCCACCUUGCGUUUACGCCGAAAGGCCGCGCGAAUGGCACUAUCUCCCGAUGUCGCCAAGCCGACACUUAAUAAACCACGCUCUCGCAAAGGUCCCGCUGGUCCCUUUGCUUCUAUGAAUCAAACACAGGCACGCAUUCGAGAUGACACACGUCCUAGAUCCCAGGCGGCCCUCAAGCGUUCCGGCGACCGCUCCAAAGACCAAAAGCCCGAUGCCCCAUUAUACAAAGCUUUGAAAAUGCAGACUACUUUGUCACCAGUAACCUAUGGUCGUCGCACGGCCAUAAAAUCCAAAAUCUCCCCUCUCACUAGCUUCGAUCAUUUUCCUUUGUUGCCCGCGGUGCGACAGUCUAUUUUUUCUCAGGCCUUGCCAAAUCUUGCUGACGUCACCCCAACACCCAUUCAACGACUUGCGAUCCCACAGCUUCUUGGCGACGGUUUGGCAAGAAAAAACCAACCGCCGAAGACUGCGGACGACCCCCAGUACGACCAAUUCCUACUUGCAGCCGAGACAGGCUCAGGAAAGACCCUAGCAUAUCUGCUCCCCCUUGUAGAUGCUGUCAAGCGUGCUGAGAUACGAGAGAAGGAAGAGAAUAAAGCAUUGGAGGAAAAAAAGGCAAAGGAGCAGGAGGAAAAGAUAAAAAAUCGCACAUUUGACAUUGAGCCGGAGGAGGCCCCGAUGACCAACGCAGGCCGCCCCAGCGCCAUAAUUCUUGUUCCGACUUCAGAACUUGUCUCCCAGGUCGCUGUGAAGGUGAAGGCCCUCGCACACUCUGUUAAGUACCGCUCGGGAAUGAUCUCGUCCAACCUGACACCUCGCCGGAUCAAGAGCACUCUUUUCCACCCGGAUGGUAUCGAUAUCCUUGUGUCGACACCACAUCUCUUGGCUUCCAUCGCGAAGACCAACCCUUAUAUUCUCAGUCGCGUCAGUCACAUAGUUCUCGAUGAGGCUGACUCCCUAAUGGAUCGUUCGUUCCUGCCCACAACCAUGGAAGUGGUUAAUAAAGCGUCAGCGUCCCUCAAAAAACUAAUUUUCUGUUCCGCCACCAUCCCCCGCAGCCUUGAUACCCAGCUUCGUAAACUUUACCCCGACGUCAAGCGAUUGACAACCCCGAAUCUGCAUGCUAUUCCCCGACGUGUGCAGUUGGGAGUGGUGGACAUCGAAAAGGAGCCGUACCGUGGAAACCGGAGCCUUGCCUGCGCUGAUGUGAUUUGGUCUAUUGGCAAAGCCGGUGAUUCAAGUGACGGCGAUGGAUUUGGCGGUCCGUUGGCCCAAUACAUGGGUCCCAAGGUUAAGAAGAUCCUUGUAUUUGUCAAUGAGCGUGAAGAGGCGGAGGAGGUUGCCCAGUUCCUCUACUCCAAGGGAAUUGAUGCCGUCGCAAUGUCUCGCGAUUCGGGUUCAAGAAAGCAGGAAGAGAUCCUUGCUGAGUUCACUCAGGUUGACCUCCCCCCGACCUCAGAUCAGAUUUUGCUGGCCCAGAAGGAAGGUCGUAAGGAGAAGUCCAUUCCCUUUGUGCUCCCGGAGAAGAAGCCCGAACUUAAUCGUCGCCUGCCCAACACCAGGGUACUUGUGACUACGGAUAUCACUUCUCGGGGUAUCGAUACCCUGGCUGUGAAGACAGUUGUGCUGUACCAUGUUCCGCACACUACAGUCGAUUUCAUCCAUCGUCUUGGCCGUCUUGGUCGUAUGGGCAAGCGUGGCCGUGGUGUUGUUUUGGUUGGCAAAAAGGACCGCAAGGAUGUUGUCCGUGAGGUUCGCGAGGGCAUGUUCCGCGGACAAGCUCUGAUCUAG